CAUCACAAGCAGGCGCCGCUCCCCUGCAACCAAAUGGUCUACAUCUGCCUCCUGCAUGCUGGCCGGUUCAGCGAGGCGAUCCAGCCUUUCGCCUCGAUGACGAUCAAGGGCCUGUACGAGGACGCCGCCUGCAUCGUCCCGGGCAACAACGAGAAGUACUGCCCGAACGACCCGCAGAAGAGCGAGUGCUACGCGUCCACCUGCGUGAGCGGCACCGACUUCUGCGCGACGGAGCAGGUGGCCACCUUCGCGCGGCAGGAGAAGCGCGACAAGAAGACCAACGAGCUAUCCAUCAAGUACGAGCCGACGUGGCACCGCGAGAAGCGGCAGCACACGUGCUGCCACUACCCCGAGACGGAGGCUGUGUGGGACAGCCAGUGGGCGCGGAUCGACCUCUGGGACGAGGACGCGUUGGGCGGGAACGACUACCUCGGCGGGCUCGACCUCGACCUCCAGAACAAGGCGGACGCCAACUUCACCUUUGUCGUGGCGGAACACGAGGAGGACUUUUCGCUCAAGGGCAACAACAUCACGGUGGAGGUCGCCACGUUCUGGCACAAGCCGAUGGACUUCGCGGUGUCGCACGAGUGGGACGCGUCGCCCAAGCACUGGUCCUCCCUCGGCCUCUCGGUGAGAGGCGCUCUGCCUCCUGCCGCGGCUCGCACCCGGCGGGUCGACGACGCAUCGCGCGCAUCCAAGUAGUGGGGGGGCGUACAGGAAAGGCGAUGCCGCCCGCUGACCGGCGGGUGACGGCUGCUAAACCCCGAAGGGCGCAUCCGUCAGUUCUCACCUCACACAGAGAGCCACUGUGGCGUCCACUCGCCGGACCACUCGAGGGAGUCGAGGACGGGGCGGGCGCUGGGGCGGUGUCACUGUUGUGUGCUUGCGGGGGUCGUGCAUCGUCUUUGUGUAAUUUAUUUCUUCGGCGCUGAGCCGCAAUACAAGAGAA